ACAGCAGCCCACUACCACUGUGAACCACACCAUACAUACUUUAUCCUUUUCCUUUCUUUAUUCUCUCUCAGAAUCCGGGAACCAACUGUGUUGAAACGUUAUAGCUUUUCUUUCUCAUUGGAAGAAGAGGAGUAGCCCAAAAAUGGCAGAAAGCAGUGUUACGUUUUUCCUGGAGAAGUUGAGCAACUUGGUUAUACAAGAAGCUUCUCUAUUUGGAGAAGUAGAAGGCCAGGUGAAGCUGCUGCGCAAUGAGCUCAAAUGGAUGCGCCUCUUCCUGAAAGACGCGGAUUCAAAUUGCAUAUACGAUGAAAGAAUCAAGCUGUGGGUGGAGCAGAUCAGAGAGGUAGCCCAUGAUGCUGAAGAUGUCAUCGAUGAGUUCAUCUUCAACAUGGAUCACCAGAGGCAGAAAAGGCUCAAAAAUCUCAAGUUCCUUAAGCGCUUACCUACAUGCGUAGGAUUCGCGGACAAGUUACCUUUCAUCCACGAGCUCGACAGUCGGGUGAAGGAGAUCAAUGUCAUGAUAGAGAAGAUCAUGGUCAAUAGAUCCAAGUAUGGUCUUGAAGCCCUAGUGACUCCCAGCUCGACCAGUACUGAUCAUGGAGUUUCUCAGCAGGAGCGGCGGACCCCAACUGUUGAAGAGACUGACGUGGUGGAGAUCAAAGAUGGUAUGGAGGUGGUGAAGCAGAUGCUGAUUAAGGAAGAUCGGAUGCGGCCGAGAGCAGUGAUGUCCAUUGUGGGAAUGGGCGGCCUAGGCAAGACAACUCUUGCUAAGAAAGUCUACAAUCAUAAUGAUGUUAAGCAGCACUUUCAUUGCCAAGCUUGGGUUUAUGUCUCUCAAGAAUUCAAGCCAAGGGAGCUUCUACUCAGCAUCAUCAGUUCUGUCAUGUCCCUCAGCAAUGAAGAAAAGAAAGAAAUGAGAGAGAUGGGAGAGGACGAGCUAGGUGGGAAGCUUCGUGAAUGCCUCAACGACAAGAAGUACCUGGUAGCCAUGGAUGAUGUAUGGAGUAUUGAAGCUUGGAGUAGCUUGCGCUCCUAUCUUCCUGAGUCUAGGAAUGGUAGCAAAGUGCUGAUGACCACCCGAAAUAAAGAAAUUGCUGCACAAGCCAAUCCGCAUGAAGUUGUUGGGCACACUGAUUCACAGGCUCUUGUCUAUGAACUCCGCAUUAUGGAUGGUAAUGAGAGUUGGGAGCUCUUUCUCAAGAAGACUUUUGGAGCGAGAGAUAGUACACCUGUUUCUUUAUCUAAAGCGUUGGAGGAAUUGGGAAGGAAAAUUGUGGCAAAAUGUAAAGGUUUGCCCCUUGCGAUUGUGGUGUUAGGAGGCUUAUUGUCGACGAAAGAGAAGACAGAACCAUCAUGGGAGAGAGUGCUUGCAAGUAUAGAUUGGCAUCUAAAUCGAGGCCCGGAGUCAUGUUUUGGAAUUCUGGCCUUAAGUUACAAUGACUUGCCUUAUUACUUGAAGUCAUGUUUUCUUUAUUGUGGUAUUUUCCCAGAAGACUCUGAAAUCAAGGCUAGUAAGUUGAUUCACUUAUGGAUUGCUGAAGGUUUUGUUCAAAGAAGAGGCAAAGAAAAGUUGGAAGACAUUGCUGAAGAUUUUUUGUAUGAACUGAUCCACAGAAGCAUGGUUCAGGUGGCUCGAAAGAAGGCAAAUGGAAGAGUGAUGUCUUGUCGCAUACAUGAUCUCCUUCGGGACCUUGCUAUUUCAGAGGCCAGAGAUGCAAAACUUUUUGAGGAAUUGAGACAUCUAAAUUGUCGUUAUGGCGAAAUCUCAAGUCAAUUCAAAUUAAAUGAGUGCAUGAGUGGUUAUUUGGGUGUGGAGCAACUCACCAAUCUUCAAACAUUAGCAUUACGGGCAGGAAGUUGGUUGGAGGGGGGUGGCUUAGGAAAACUUACCCAACUUAGGCAACUAGAUUUAAGGGGAUGGUUGACUCCGUAUUUGAAGAAAGGGUUUUAUGAUUCUAUUGCUGAAUUGACAACUCUUCGGACCUUGGUUUUGAGGGAUAUGGAGUUUUAUAAGACAAAGACAUUAUUAAAUCGAGUUGGAUUGAAGUGGCAGGAGAAUAUUGUUGAAGAGAAAACAUUGAUACCGGGACUCAUGUCUUUCUCACGCCACACCUAUCUCUAUAAAGUGUUCCUACAAGGAAAGGUGGACAGGUUACCAGAGCAAACUGAAUUCUACCCUCCCAACCUCGUCAAACUGACUUUGAGCAGUUGCGAGCUAAAGGAUGACCCGAUGUUGAUUUUAGAGAAGCUCCCAACCUUGAGAAUUCUUGAAUUAGUUGGGAACUCAUAUGUUGGAAAGAAUAUGGUUUGUUCCUUUGGAGGAUUUCUUCAACUCGAAAGCCUAGAACUGGAUAGUUUAAAUGAAUUAGAAGAAUUGACAGUUGAAGAAGGAGCAAUGUGUAAUCUGAGGACCCUACAGAUUUUGUAUUGUCAUAAAAUGAAAAAACUUCCUCGUGGAUUGUUGCAGAUGAAAAAGCUUGAGAAAUUGGGGCUGAGAACAAGAGGCGAAGAAUUAAUUGAAGAGGUCCAGCAAACAGAGGGAGAAGAGUGGGAUAGAAUUCGUCUCAUCACCUCCAUAAACAAGUGGGAUUAAGUUUUUGUUUGCUAGGUAUUCCAGCUUGUUUCUUUUUCUCAUGUUCAUUUCUUUUUGGAAUUUAUGUACUUUCAUUAGUUUGUUAUGGAAUAAUCUUAUGAAUAUUGAAAAGUAGCUUCUUAGGAAGUUAAUCAUUUUUAUUUGUA